GUUGGUACAAUCCUCAUCGCAGGGUGUGGAUCCGAAGCCGGCGAGGAAGGAUAGCCAACAGGGAGUAAUAAACGGGUGAGGGGCGAAUAUGAGUUAAAGCUGCCAGAGAAGGACACCACCUCGGAGUUGAAUAUUCUGCGAAAAAAGCAGAGGAUUAAAUGAAAAUAUAGUUCGUUGUGUGAACGGGAGGUGAGGAGCGAGAGGAAGCGCGCUGAGCUCCAUACGGAAGCUCGAAACUGAGUUGAAGUGAACGACUGCGUAGAAUACGAGAGGGAGGUGACAGUAUUAAAAUCGUUUGCUUUUGUUUAUUUUGAACUUCAACGUAUAGGGUUUUGUUUUUAAGGCAGGCUUCGUUUUGCUUUUGGGACUUCCGGAAACCCCCCCUUUUCAGCAGUUGCUACAUGUACUUUGUAUCUAAAUUCACGAAGGGAUUCAAAAACAGGAAUAUUGAAGUGUCAUGUCCGAAGGGAGACGUCAAUUAAAAGAAAAUAUUCUCUGGGAGAGUGCGGAUUGGAUCUAUUGGAUAAUUAUUGUUUUCGACCUACUGUAGUUAACCUAGACUUUGCCAUCUAAGUGAAGAGGCGAACAAGGAUACAUUGUUGCUGCGUACUGACUCAUCAAAGCAAAUCAAAAUUGAGUUUUCUAUUUGAGAAUCAACUGAGACGUCCAACACUCCUUUGAUUAGAGACUUCGGAUAGCACUCGUCUAGAAAUUGAACGUAUUUUCUUUGUCUUUUUUACUUUUGUUGUGCCUGGAAAUACGCUUGCACAUCAGCACUUUGCUUUUUCAUAUUUAUUUUUUCAGGCACGUGUUCAUUUCCUCUUCCUGCACACGAUAACAUUUUAACCUACUAAUGGUUUUGGCGCUCGUGUUUUUAGUUCCAUACCACUCCUCCCACCUUUCCGACCUGCCAGUGCUUAAGGUCAGCAGUUGACAUCUACGGACAUUGCUAGUUGGGUUCAAGGGGGAAGGGUGGAUUUUCGUGUUGUGCGUCUGUUGGAGGAGACAAAGACAAAGUGCUUAAACUGUGGAUGAAUUAUCUUUCUGAACUGUACCUUUGGUGUCAUUAGCCUCAAGUUCUGGGAAAGAAAACUGCACAGAUGUUUGCGUUGGUUUUACAUUGUUCUUUUUUGGCUGAUUAGUUUAGUGUAGGACACAAACAAGAAAUAUAAGAGGCAAAUGCUAUUUAUAGGGAGAGUGAUGGGGUAAAUGGUGGUAGUCGGAAAUUAAGACCCCCACACCACAAACACUUUCAGCUUUAGCUCUGGUGCCCUUGUCAGCUGCUGAAUUAUCCAAACUGGAAAUCCAAGUGGGGGUCCUGUCUCAGCCAAGCUCCCAGCUAUACAUCUCACCCUUGUCUACAACUUGACUGUAACUAAUUUGCAUCUUUGACUGGAAUUACACUUUUCAGCACCAAGGAGCAAUGCAUGAAACUGCCGCACUUAGGAAGCAAACUUGAGUAACCAAAUAUUUUCCCAAUAUAUACAGAGAAGCAUAUAUCUUGCAUAAGAAAUAUAUCUAUAAAUAUUAUUAGAAUACAUAGUUUAAAGAAUUAUAUUAUAUUUUUACGUCAGAAAUAAGCAUUGUUGCCUGAAACCCAGUUCAUUGCCUUAGAGAAACAGUAAUAAAGGGAAAACAGAGGAAAGAAGACGUGAAACUUUUUUGGAAAGAAGUUAAUGGUGCCUUUUUAGUUUUGUUGUUUCCUAAUUUCUCCACCACUUCAGGAUUGAAUUGUUGAUGACUAAGAAAUAUUUUUGUGGAAAACCCUCAUGUAUACCUGCCUUUCCGGUUUAAACUUGAGUUUCAUUGUUGUUGGAUGUAUAUUGCUGGAUUGCAGAGUUUUAUGAAGAUUUAUGUGGGACGGAUUACCCCUAGACUCUACGUUACACUUGAUGCAUCCUCAAAGUUUUCCAAAGUAAUUUUUGCGAUUCCCAACAUAUAACAUUUGACUUGAUUUCUGGGAUAUAGUGGCCCAACACACAAGAGUUUCCGAUGGUGAUCACUUCGUCAGUGGAGGAGAAGCCGCAGCCUUCUAACAGAAUGGUUGCAAACUUGCCAACCGAAUCUUGGAUUAACAACCCGGAGCAAAGUCGCUACUUACCAACUCAGUCACACCUACUCCGGAAACCAACAAAAAGUGGAAGCAGCUCAGGAUGCAAGCCCCCCUCCUCUACCCUCUGCCAGCCUGCCGCCUUGGGCUUCUCCCCCGCUGAGCCAACCAUGUCGAGCCAGCACAGCCACCCCUCCUUCAGCAACAUCCACUCCAUGGCCGAACAGCAGCAGGUGCUGUCUGAUAUGACCAUACUGCAGAGGAGGAUCCCCCCAAGUUUUCGAGAUCCCGCCAUCGCCCCGCUUAGAAAACUCUCUGUCGAUCUGAUCAAGACUUACAAGCACAUCAAUGAGGUUUACUACACAAAGAAGAAGAGACGGGCCCAGCAGGUGCCCCCAGAGGACUCGAGCACUAAAAAGGAGCGGAAGGUAUACAAUGACGGCUACGACGACGAUAACUAUGACUAUAUCGUCAAGAAUGGGGAGAAGUGGCUGGACCGCUACGAGAUCGAUUCGCUCAUCGGCAAGGGCUCCUUUGGACAGGUUGUGAAAGCCUACGACCACCACGAACAGGAGUGGGUGGCCAUCAAGAUCAUAAAGAACAAGAAAGCCUUCCUGAAUCAGGCCCAAAUAGAGCUGCGGCUGCUGGAGCUCAUGAACAAACACGACACUGAGAUGAAAUACUACAUAGUCCACCUAAAGAGGCACUUCAUGUUCCGGAACCACCUGUGCCUGGUGUUCGAGUUACUCUCCUACAACCUGUACGACCUCCUUCGCAACACCAACUUCCGUGGCGUUUCUCUCAACCUGACCAGGAAGUUUGCCCAGCAACUGUGCACGGCGCUGCUGUUCCUGGCCACGCCCGAGCUCAGCAUCAUCCACUGCGACCUCAAGCCUGAGAACAUCCUCCUGUGCAACCCCAAGAGGAGUGCCAUCAAGAUCGUGGACUUUGGCAGUUCCUGUCAACUGGGCCAGAGGAUCUACCAGUACAUCCAGAGUCGGUUCUACAGGUCUCCGGAGGUGUUGCUGGGCAUGCCCUAUGACCUGGCCAUCGACAUGUGGUCCCUAGGGUGCAUCCUGGUGGAGAUGCACACGGGAGAACCCCUCUUCAGCGGCUCAAAUGAGGUGGAUCAGAUGAAUAAGAUAGUGGAGGUGUUGGGAGUCCCUCCCAAUCACAUGCUGGAUCAGGCUCCCAAAGCACGGAAGUACUUUGACAAGCUGUCUGACGGCCUCUGGACCGUCAAGAAGAACAAGGACAUAAAGAAGGUACUUUACCCCUCGGCCUCCGAGUACAAACCUCCUGCAACACGGAGGCUCCAUGAAAUCCUGGGCGUGGAGACUGGAGGACCUGGUGGGAGGCGGGCCGGAGAGCAGGGACACGCUCCCUGCGAUUACCUGAAGUUUAAGGACCUGAUCCUGCGUAUGCUGGACUAUGACCCCAAGACGCGCAUCACGCCCUUCUACGCGUUGCAGCACAACUUCUUCAAGAAGACAACGGACGAGGGGACCAACACCAGCAGCUCCACCUCCACCAGCCCAGCCAUGGACCACAGCCACUCCACCUCCACUACCAGCUCAGUGUCCAGCUCCGGUACGGGACACAGCAGUGGAUCUAGUGGUUCUUCUAAUGACAACCGGAAUUACCGGUACAGCAACCGGUACUACAACAGUGCAGUAACUCACUCAGACUACGAGAUGCAGAGUCCACAGGCUCCAUCUCAGCAGCAGCUGCGCCUCUGGCCAGGAGGAGAGGGAGGCAUGGGUCCCCUGUCCAACAGUGGCAGUAGCGGUGGCGACCCCCCAUAUCCCCAGCUGCUGCUGCACAAGCCGGCGGCCACACAGCACUCGCGCCACUUCCUGGGAGGUGGAGGCAUCGGGGGCAUGAUGGAACCCCACCAUCCGCACCCCAUCUAUGGCGGUCAUCAUGGCAAUGGGCGGGGUCUGCGGCAGACUGGGCAGGGGAACCAGCCCCAGGGCCAGGCUUCGCAGGGCCAACCCUUGAUGCCCAUCUCCUCCCCUCAGAUGCCAGACAGCAUCGAGCUCAGCCUCACCCACCACCACCAUCUGGGUCCGUCUUCCAUCAUGCCACCCCCAUCGAGCUUGGACUCCAGCCAGUAUGGUUCCUCCAACCUCCACCUGGGCCUCUCUGCCUUUCGGACUAGGACGGUUAUGGCCCCUCAGCCGCCCCCCGCCGGCUCCCAGCAACAGUUGGCUCAGCCUCCAGCCUCUCAGGACAGCUUGGUCGCUGCCUCUGGGCUUGGAUACAUCCCCCCAUGCUACCCGGGCAGUAACAACAAUAACAACCCUCCCCAGGGUAGCGUGGUUGGGGGCGGGAUGCUCACAGGGGGGCCCACACCCAGAGGAGUAGGGGGUGGUGUGGGGAGGCCGGAUUCUGAGGAGUCUGCCAUGAUAGGUGUGUGCGGCAGUGGAGGAGGUGGCGGUCAGAAUGCAGCCAACUCUUGAUAAAUCUUGAACAAAUUCCAAAAGCCAUACAAUUUUAACAACAACAUUACAAUUUCAACAUGCAUACGUGAUACACACACACACACACACACACACUCAAGUUCAAAACAAGUAUGGCCACACAUACUGAGUUACAGAGACAUACUUUUGAAAUAUCAAAGGAUUAUUUUUUUUUGCAUGGGAGAAGGUCAAGGGAGGGCAAGAGGGGGAAGGCUAUGAAACCAUUUUUAUCCUUUUUUCAGUUUCUUUGUUCUUCUUUUGUUGAAGGAAAGGAACAAGGUUUAGUAGUUGAAAUGGAAAGUUUCUGAGAAGUUUGUUUUUAUUAUUAUUGUUAUUAUAUUAUUUGAUUUUAUGUGAUUUAAGUGCAGGUUUGCAGCGAGAUUUCUGUUGUUUUGGUUGUUUUUUUUUUUUGGAAGGGAGACCACAGAGGUAGAAGAAUGGAUUGAAAAGUGAAAAUUGGUUAAGAAUAGGGAGGCACGAGUACCCUUAUGCUAUUUUAUUUUUCUUUUGUUGUUUUUUUGAAGUCCUAGGUUUAAUUGUACAUUUUUAAUUUAUUAAAAAUCACUACAUGAGGAGGGUAAGUGGGAGAUCAGAAGAGAGCUAAAUUGAGAGGUGGUUUAUUUGUUCAUUUUUUUCCCUUUUAUACAAGUUUGUUUUUUAUUAACUGAUGGACAGACAACAUUUGUGCAUACACAGAGAAACAAGCAAGCAAACAUAACUUUUAGUUCAGUUUAUCUCAUCCCCUGACACACACACACACACACAAUUUUUUUUGGGUUGUUUUUAUUCCAAUCUUCUCUCGCUUGACACACAGGCUUAUAUAUCUGAAACUAUGAAACAGAUCAUAGAAAUAAAAUAAAGGAAAUGACAAAAAACGUAGUCACCACGGUGAGAAAAACAAUAUGAUAUGGAGGCUGUGAAACGUUUGCCGAAGUGAGCCGCUUUCACGAGGAGAGGGGGAAUGAAACUUUGACACAAAAGGAGGAAAUUAUUAAAGAAGAAUGAUAAACAACAAAACAUUUUGCCAGAAGGAAAACCAAAAUGCUUCCCUGUUGUUUGUUUAAAAAUAGUCUGCCUUCUACUUCACCAUCUAACCAGACUCUUUCACCCUCUUUCUCCUUCUCUCUGUCUUUUCUUAUUCACUUUUGUUUUGGACAGUAAACUACAGAAAUGUAACACAUUUUGGGUUGGAUUAACUCUGGAUAUGCUAAGCCAAACCUUGCUCACUCUAUCCCCCUCUCUAUCUCGAUCUCUCGCUCUCUUCUCUCUGCCCCAUGUUUCUGUUGGGGGGGUAGGGCAAUUUAUAGCAGGAGGGAGGAGUACAUUGAGGGGACACUUUCAUGCCCUCCUUACCCCUUCCACGCCCCUCUGACUCUGCCCUCUUUUCUUUCUCUUCUGUAUUUUUUCUCCCCCUCCCUCCUUCAUGACACUCUGUGAGUGCUGUUUGCCAUCAAGUAAAAGAAAAAGUGAACUACUACUCUCGGCUGCUAUCUCCACUUUCAACCAUGUUCGGAUUGCUGCUAAAGAAAAACAGACAAAUAAAUAAAUAAAAAUGGAUAAACUUUUUAACCCUCCUGCUUCAGAAAAAAAAAUGGAAAAAUAAACCACUGCAUCUCAUGUAUUUAUUACUAUUUAACAAGAAAAAAGAGAAAAUUAACUUGUUUUCUGCUGUUUUUUGUUUGGUUGCCUUCUUCCUGCAGGUGAAAGUUGGGCAUUGACUAAAUGUAACAGUUAACGGUGGUAUUAAGCCACUGAACGGGGCCUGAAUGGGGGAAAUUGGGUAAGAAUAAAGUUGGAUAUAUAAGAAUAAAGAGUAUACUUUUGCACACAAAGGUCAAAUGCAAAUCACAGCUUUACUUUUUUCUUUCAGUUCUUAAUCAACAGUCACUUAUCUGAGCAGUGUGCAUACAGUAGUAGGCCUACCACAAAGACAAACUGUUGAUGUGGCUGACUAAGUGAUCACUGACAUGGCAUAAUAAAUCUGAGAUUUGCUUUUGACCUCAA